AUUCGAGAAUCUGAAAUUAUUGAUUAAUCGCUCUUUCUCAACCUCCACUUUCUCUCUCCCUCUCCUCCUUUUAUAAACCCCCUUUACAGUCACCCUUCUGCCCAAACACUCCUACUUUCUCUCUCUCUAAAAGUAUUUCUCUCUCUCUCUAGAAAUGGGUUCCUCCGGUAUCAAACUUUUCAUUUUGCUGGCUCUAUUCACCACCUCAUGUAUUGCUCAAGCACCCACACCCACCCCGACGGUGUCACCCACCGCCACACCUACACCGUCACCGAUGAAAGCCCCACCUUCACCUUCGCCGUCGCCAACGCCAACGCCAACGCCAACGGCGGUUCCAUCACCGGCUCCGUCGACUCCAUCUCCCUCACCAACCCCAACAACCACUCCCUCUCUGUCCCCGUCCACAACCCCUUCUCCGGCUCCAAGCAUCGCUUCGCCGCCAGCACCGCCUGCUGAGGUCCCCGGUCCGGCGGGUGGCCCCGCAUCUGAGCCUCCUCCGCCGCCGAGUGGUGUGUCGGUCGAUGGGUGGGUGAACAGAGCAGUCAUCGCUGGGACUGCCCUCACUGGAACAUUUCUUGCUGUGACUUUGAUGUAGAGACACGUGUUUGUCAACGUGGAGGCCUACAGACUGUAGAUCUGUGAUUUCGUGGACGGCUGAGAUUUGUUUUGUUCAUCGUUCGGUUCUGAGUAGUUUUUUUUUUUUUUUUUAAUGUGUUUGUUCAUUUUUUUCUAUAUUGGGUUUGACAUAGUGGCAUAGGGUGGUGGAUUUGAGUGUUGAUUAUUUUGGCGAUACAGGACUCCGGUGUUGACACGUGGAUAUUGUAUGAGUCCCUGUAUAUAAAAUAAAUGAAUAAUGCCUAUUCUUUUCUGUGAA